AUGAAUAUCCUCGAGCUUCCUCGCGAUAUCCGGCAGCGGAUAUACAACGCAGCCAGCCUGAAAAACAAGACAUUCACCAACUUGGGAUCCGUUUUCGUCCUAUUUCAAUUAAGCGUACUGCGCGCCCUGCGGUCCCUCGCAUCUUCAGCUCACGGGCAGCUGCGCUCCGUGGUCGUCCACCUGAAUCGGUCGUGGAGGGGGCUCGACAUGGAAAGAAAGCUCGAGCGGGGAUUCAUGGGCCAAGACUACGACAGCGAAAAGGCCGGCAAGGGCAGGGUGAAGCUGGCAGAGUGGAAAUGGGACCUGGCGAUGGGUGACAUUCAGACGUAG